AUGGGUCUCCAUGGCGACGGCGGGCGGGGGGGCCGCCGUGCGGCCCUCGCCGUGUUCGCUGCUGUGUCAGUCGUGUUCGUCCUCACGCUGCCCCCCUCAUUGCCGGGAGGAGAUUCGGGGGAGCUGAUCACAGCCGCAUAUGAGCUUGGAGUUGCUCAUCCUCCUGGUUACCCUUUGUUCACACUGUUGGCCAAACUGGCAAUUGGUCUAUUCCCUUUUGGUUCCAUUGCCUACCGAGUAAAUCUUCUCUGUGGCUUAUUUGGAGCAGCUGCAGCAUCAUUACUUUUUUUCACAGUUUUCAGGCUUUCUGGCUCGUAUGCUGGAGGAAUCCUUGCUGCGGGGGUGUUUUCAUUUUCUCGCCUAACAUGGCAGUGGUCCAUUGCAGCAGAGGUUUUUAGCCUAAACAAUUUGUUUGUGGGACUGCUUAUGGCUCUUGCUGCACAUUUUGAGAAGGCAACAACUGCAGAAGACAGAUCAAAGAUAUCCAAGAUUGGUGCCUUCUGCUGUGGCCUUAGCUUAUGCAAUCAGCAUACAAUCAUACUUUAUGUGUUGUGCAUUGCAUUGUGGGUUCUCUUCCGACUUUUUAAAGAAAUGGAGCUUUCCCUAGGCCAUUUGCUAAUGCUGAGUCUCUUCUUCUGUGCUGGUUUUCUGCCUUAUCUCUACCUGCCUGUCUCAUCCUACCUCAAUCAAGCUCGUUGGACCUGGGGAGACCAGACUACAUUUUCAGGAUUUCUGACACAUUUUCUUAGGGAAGAGUAUGGAACAUUCAACCUAGCCAAAUCUGAGAUAGGAUCCAGUAUGUCUGAAAUAUUGCUUUUUCAGAUGGCAAAUAUGAAGGUUGAAUUAUCAAUUAAUGUUCAAGUCCUUGCAGUUGUUGCUUGUUUAUGUUUAGCAAGACAGGGCAAACAAAACCCACCAUUGGUGUGGCUUUUUGUUGGAAUGCUUUGUGUUUAUUCAUUGUUCUUUGCUUGGAGAGCAAAUUUAGACAUUUCAAAACCUCUUUUCAUGGGUGUGGUAGAACGCUUCUGGAUGCAGAGCAAUGCAGUGGUGACCGUUCUAGCUGGGCUGGGCUUGGCCUCAUUCUCUUCUCUGAGUAGGAGGAUGCUGAGCAGCAGCUCUAUAUUCCAGUUUCUGGAAUGGCUUUCAGCGGCCAUUUUCGUACUCUACCAAAUUUAUUCUAAUUACAGCAUUUGUGACCAAAGCACUAACUACGUCAUUGAUAAAUUUGCAAAGAACCUUCUGUUCUCUAUGCCUCAUGAUGCAAUCAUCUUACUCAGAGGAGAUUUGCCAGGGAAUUCUCUUCGUUAUUUGCAUUACUGUGAGGGUCUGAGGCCUGAUGUUUCAUUGGUGGAUCAGGAAAUGUUGACUUAUGAGUGGUAUUUACCUAAGAUGGCUAAGCAUUUACCAGGUAUCUACUUUCCUGGGAACCGGUGGAAUCCUGUGGAAGGAAUAUUACCUAGUGGAAUGGUCAUGUUUAAUCUUUAUCAUUUCCUCAAAGUAAAUAAACACAAAGAAACAUUUGUUUGCAUAGGACUUCAUGAAGGUGACCCAACUUGGAAAGAGAACUAUUCACUUUGGCCAUGGGGUUCUUGUGACAAAUUGGUUUCUUCAGAGAUUGUAUUCAACCCUGAGGAAUGGAUUAAGCUUACUAGAAAUAUGUAUAACUGGACUGAAGAAUAUGGGAGGUUUGACCCAUCUUCUUGGGAAGCUGUAGCUAAUGAAGAGAUGUGGCAAGCAAGGAUGAAAACAGCAUUCUUUAUCUUUAACCUUGCAGAAGCUGCUAAUGUGCCAACAAAUAUGAAAGUACAACUUUAUGCUCGUGCAUAUAAUCUAUAUAAGGAAAUUGUAUAUCUACAAAAGAAACAUCCAGCAAAUUGGCACAAGAACUAUGCCAUUGCGUGUGAAAGAAUGCUUCGUUUUCAUGAAAUCGAUGUGAAUCCUGAAUUCCUGUUAUCUGAGACUAUCAAACAUUUCCACCUCUAUGUGGAGAAAGUGCAGGAUGAUCCGCAGCGGGCUGACAUUUUAGAGGCUCUGAGGCACCUCAGAAGGGAACUGCAGGGACUAAGAAAGACCAGAAGAGCCUGAAGCAGCAGCAUGUGAAAGAACGUGCCUGCCAUCUCGACCUGAGAACUAUCCAACUUUUCUUUCCAUUCCUAAAAAAGAUAUUUUUAAGGAAGCAGAAAUGCCAACGAUAGUUUCUAGAAAUAACGAAAGCAGUAAUGUGGUAACCUGUCUUAAGAUGCGGAAAUGUUCCCUGUGUCUUUUAGUGAUGUGGGUGGGACCACAUGGAAAAUUGUUCUGUGUUAUCAGAAAUGAGAAUUUCAGAGAAAAUUGCUGGAAAAUCUUGUUAAAAUUAUCAUGCAGAAAAUUAUUCUAUGUCUUAUAGGAAUCUAAGGUAGAAUUAACAUUCUCCCUAUUUUCAUAUCCUUAAACUUAUUCAUUUAGAACUCAGGAACCUUGUUUCCCAUGGCCAACUUGACAAGUUUACAUAUUUAAAAAGAAAUCCUAAGACUUUUCUAUUUCUUGCCAGCAAAUUUUGAACAGAAAUAAGAGUCAGCAUGCAACAUUUUUUCCUUUCUUUUUUUCUCAAAUCACCUGGUUGUUUGCACAGAACUUCUGUAGCUCUGGGCUAAAUCCCAGUCUGAUGAUACUCUGAUAAAAGUCCAGUUGCUAUUGUCUCAUCUUAGGUGGUGCUUUCAGAUUUUCAAACAAGAAAAGCUGAUUUGGUGUUCACUUGUCUCAGUUGCAUGAAUUGCUUGGCAUUUAAACACUUUCCCAUUUUCCUAAUUCUUUUAAUAUUUGUGUUUUAUCUCUGUUUGUACUUUCAGACUUGCCAGAUAGUCCUAAUAAUUAGUUAAACUUACGCUGCCAAAACUGCAAAAAAAAAAAAAAAAGAUUAUAUAAAUUGUGUUACAAGCAUCUUCUAUAGAUAUUACUAAAGAGAACGUACUAAGAAAUGCAAAUAAUGGUUCUUUAUUUUAUUAUGACAGUUAAUUAAUAGCAACCUGUUUUAAUGAAUAAAGUCACUUAGAGUCCUUCAGCACUUCCUAAGUAGAGGCCAGAAUCGGUAGGGAUUCUUUCCCCCCCAAUUGUAUAGCUCUUAGACUCCAAGCACUAUAUAGGCCCCUGUAUAGAAAUGCUCACUAAUGAAGAGGGAGGGCUAGAAGCUUGUCUGCAUUCAAAGAUCACUGGUGAGUCAUUCAGCAAGAAAAGGCCCCUUACUAGGAAUAGUCACAGUUCCGUGGCAUUGUACUAGCAGAAGGGUCUGAUCAAAGGUCUCCUGUGGAGCUUGCAUGGUUCCCUUUCAUACUACGACCAUAAUUAAAACCACUAAUUCUCUUUUAAAAUGCUGCAGGAUGCCAUGUAGGCAUCUGUCUGGAGUGUCCUUUGUGAUGUCAUAAGCUGUUAAGGACCAGUGCCGAGGGCUUUUGAGUGAAAUGCCAGUCAUGAAGGUGCUUCAAGACAAGGGUGCCUCUAAAGGCUUGACAGGGCCUUGACUGCACAAUUCGAGCUGAAUUUGCCCCCUUGUCAGCUGCCAGUAAAUAAAUCUCAAAGGGGGAAAAGCUGAAGUUUCAUUACCUGAUCCAUGGGGCUUUGUUGGUUUUGGCAUCACACAGGGGAAGCUCUUGCCCCUCCAUUCUGUGGAUUUGAAGAUGUCCAUUGGAGCCUGCAGAGCCUGGAUAGGGUUCAGAGCAGAACCUUUUGAAGAGUGUCAAUAGUUGUAACAGUUCAGCUGUUAGGAAGACAAAUAAAUGGAGGAGCUCAUUAAUCCGCUUUUGGCUCUCAGUGCCUUUUGCCCUUUUAUCACAGCCCUAUUAGGCUCCUACUCAUCUUGAACCAGAAAAAAAUGAAUUGAAGUUGUUGAGUACUAAUUGGCAAAGACUUUUAAUCAUGGGCCAAGAACUUUCACUGACUUGAAAGUAACUUCUCCACAGGGAGGAACCCAAAAUCUGGUUUACCCUAAAACAAAAACCAGUUGGAGUUCAGUGUAGUAUAAAAAUUUAAGGAAGCAUUGAUAAAUUGUCUAAGUUUAUCCACUUGAAAGAAAUUAUGUAUGUGAUUACAAUUUACACUUUUUAAAGCGGAAAUAAAUACAAUUUUAAAAUUUGUUUUCCAGGAA